AUCACACGUUUGUUUUUCCGACGGGAUACAAUAAUCACUUGCAACCUGCACGGUCUCAAACAGAGUACGGAGAACAGCAACGAUCAGUAGUCGAGAUCUGUCGCGUGCACAGAAGAACCACACUAGAACAAGACAGAAAUAAACAACUCAAAACCUGUCAGACCAUUGGAGAAGUGAACUCGAACGAGCCUGAGAGAAAACGGAGCCUUUGUUUUCAGAAGCAGCGGGGAGCCGAACCGGAGGAAAGAUUAUGAGUUUUCUGCCAUACUUCUCCCCCGAGACGUGGACCCUCCUGGCACUCCUCAUCACCCUCAUUGUAGUGUAUGGGUACUGGCCCUAUGGUGUGUUCACUAAGAUGGGUGUCCCUGGUCCCAAACCCCUACCUUACUUUGGCACAAUGAUGGAGUAUAGAAAGGGUUUCACUAACUUUGACACAGAGUGCUUUCAGAAGUAUGGGAGAAUCUGGGGGAUCUAUGAUGGGAGGCAGCCUGUUCUGUGCAUCAUGGACCAAAGCAUGAUCAAGACCGUCCUGAUUAAAGAGUGUUACAACAUCUUCACCAACCGCAGAAACUUCAUGUUUCUGAAUGGCGAGCUGUUUGAUGCGUUGUCCUUUGCCGAGGACGAUACAUGGAGACGGAUCCGCAGUGUCCUCUCACCUUCCUUUACCUCUGGACGACUAAAAGAGAUGUUUGUUAUCAUGAAGCAGCACUCUGCUAACCUGCUGAAUGGAAUGAAGAAGCAGGCAGAUAAAGACCAGACCAUCGAAGUGAAGGAGUUCUUUGGGCCCUACAGUAUGGACGUGGUCACCAGCACAGCCUUCAGUGUGAACAUUGACUCUCUGAACAACCCUUCAGACCCCUUCGUCUCCAACGUCAAGAAGAUGAUCAAGUUUGACAUGUUCAACCCACUGUUGCUCCUAUUUGUGUUGUUUCCCUUCAUAGGUCCUGUCUUGGAGAAGAUGAAGUUUUCUUUCUUCCCGUCUGCGGUGACAGACUUCUUUUACGCCUCGCUGGCUAAGAUCAAAUCUGGACGUGACACUGGGAACUCAACUAGUCGGGUGGAUUUCUUACAACUGAUGAUCGACUCUCAAAAAGGCAACGACACAAAGACAGGAGAGGAACAGACUAAAGGACUGACUGAUCAUGAGAUCUUGUCUCAGGCCAUGAUCUUCAUCUUCGGUGGCUACGAGACCAGCAGCACUACUAUGAGUUUCCUGGCCUAUAACCUGGCAACCAAUCCCCACACCAUGACCAAACUGCAGGAGGAGAUAGAUACUGUGUUCCCCAACAAGGCUCCAAUCCAGUACGAAGCUCUGAUGCAGAUGGACUAUUUGGACUGUGUGUUGAACGAGUCUCUGAGACUGUACCCCGUCAUGCUGCGACUGGAGAGGGUCGCCAAGAAGACGGUGGAGAUCAACGGCAUCGUCAUCCCCAAAGACUGCGUUGUUCUGGUUCCCACGUGGACCCUCCACCGUGACCCAGAGAUUUGGUCCGACCCUGAGGAGUUCAAACCAGAGAGGUUCAGUAAGGAGAACAAGGAGUCUAUUGAUCCGUACACGUACAUGCCGUUUGGGGCGGGGCCCAGGAACUGUAUCGGGAUGCGCUUCGCCCUGAUUAUGAUCAAACUGGCCAUGGUCGAGAUCCUCCAGAGUUUCACUUUCUCCGUCUGCGACGAGACAGAGAUCCCAUUGGAGAUGGACAUCCAGGGUAUGCUGAUGCCCAAACGACCAAUCAAACUGAGGCUGGAGCACCGUAGCAACAUCCCUAGCAACACCACCACCACCUCUCUGAAGAGUUAAACAACGUGACCAAAUGCAGGAGCACCCUACCCUACCCUAAAGCCCCCUACCCUACCCUAGAGCACCCUACCCUACCCUAGAGCACCCUACCCUACCCUAGAGCACUCUACCCUACCCUAGAGCACCCUACCCUACCCUAGAGCACUCUACCCUAUCCUAGAGCACUCUGCCAUAUUCUACUUCACCCAACCCUACCCUAGAGUACCCAACCCUACCCUAGAGUACUCUACAUUGGAGAACCCUACCCUACCCUAGAGCACCCUACCCUACAGCACCCUACCCUGGAGAAUCCUACCCUACCAUAGAGUAACCUACCCUGGAGCACGCUGUUCUACCCUAGAAUACCCUACUCUACCCUACAGCACCCUAUCCUACAAUAGAGGACUCUACCCUGGAGCACCCUACUCUACCCUAUAGAACCCUACCCUAGAGUACUCUACCCUAACCUACAGUACCCUACCCUACCCUAGAGUACCGUACCCUAGAGUACUCUACUCUACCCUAGAGUACUCUACCCUAACCUACAGUACCCUACCCUACCCUAGAGUACCGUACCCACCCUGGAGUUCGCUACCCUGUUCUUGUCACGUUCCUGACCUUGUUUUCCUUUCGUAUAGUUGUGUUUAGUGGGUCAGGACGUGAGCUGGGCGGGCAGUCUGUGUUUGUUCUAUGUUUAAUGUCAGGUUUAAUUGACCUUGUAUGGCUCUCAAUCAGAGGCACGUGUUUUACGUUUUCCUCUGAUUGAGAACCAUAUAUAGGUAGGUUGUUUCACAUUGUUUGUUGUGGGUGGUUGUCUUCCGUGUCUGUGUAUGUUGCACCACACGGGAUUGUUUCGGUUUGUUCGUUCGUUCGUUUAUGUAGUCUGUACCUGUUUCAUGCGUUCUUCGUGUUUAUGUAAGUUUGUUAGUUCAGGUCUGUCUACAUCGUUUAUUUGUUUUGUAGUUUAAUCAAGUGUAUUUCGUGUCAGUGUUCAUCUUGUCAAAUAAAUCAUUAUGUGUUCUCAA